AUUGUUAAUAAAAAUAAUUGGCUAAUAGGAAAGAUUGUAAUAUACAUUAGGGCCAAUGUAACCACACCCCUGGUCACACCACUGACUAAGAUUAUAAUUUGGCAGAAGAGUGUUAAAAUAUCCCUCAUCAUUAGUGUUUAAGACACCAGGAAAACAAAAACAUUCGGGGAUUGCAAAUGAGAAAAAUAACUAAUCUAAUAUAUUUAGCCAAACAUAACAAAUAUGUGGAUCAGUGGAUUAUUAAGGUGAGUUUUGGGAUUUGAUCCCCUUCUCAUUAAUAUAAAAUAAUGGAAGUGGGUGUAUUGGAGGGGGUGAAGCUCUUCACUACUCUACGUUCUGAAAGCAAGAUAUAUAAUAAGCUCCAACGUUUAAAAAAUAUCUAAAUACGCCACUUGUGUGAAUGAGAAUCAAUUUUGUUUAUAGAAUUAAUUCUAGUAUUGCUCUAGGAUUUUUAAAUUUUCAUUCAAUUAUUAAAUGCUUCUUAAUUAUUUUCUAAAUUAAAAAUGAACUUUUUUUUUUUGAAAUAUUGCGUUUAUUGUUAUUUUGAUAACACGAGUACAUUUGUGGUGUCAUAUACAUUAAUUUACAAAUAAUUGAGCGGUGCUGAAUUUGAUCAAUGAUUGGCUCUAGGUAUCAAAAUUUUAUCAACUUUAAACACAAAAUUUUACAUGGGUUGAUCCAAGUGUAAUUAUAGUUCUUAAUAAGUGCUUGGAUGGUGCGUGUGUUUAAUUAAUAACUUCGAAAAUAUGUCAUGCAGGGUUUUUUGGUUCAAUCAAAGACGGUUGUGGGUUGGUACAAAACCUCAAUGUAUUGUAGAAUCCCAAGUGCACAGGUUUAAUAGCAAAAAAUUAUAUGUAUAUACCAACAAAAUCGAUCCAAUGAAAACUGAGAAUAUUCAUAGACGACAUAAAAAAAAUCACAUCAUGGUGUUAUUCAAUACCCUACAAACAACAAGAAAAGAAAAAAACCAUCAGACUACAUUGAACACGUAAACCUUACUUUAAAAAAACUCAUGAACACGUCAUUGAUAUAUUAAUGUAUGAAUAAAAUAAUGGAAACGAUAUUUAGUUUCUAAAAAAUGUAAUAUUAAAAAGUUACAGUUUUCAAUAAUUAUUAAAAAAGUAACGUAUAAGUAACGCAAGUCACGUUUUCAAUACUGUAUUAUAAUUAGUUUUAUAAAAUUACUAUUGUCUGUUACACUAAAAUGUUAAUUCAAAACAAUAAUUUAAGUAUGAUAUUAAGAGUAUCUGUAGUGUUAUUUUUCUUACAAGUGAACCAUAGUGAUUCACUCGAUACUGGAUACAAGGAUAAUCAAUUGAAGUGCGUCGAAAAUGUUAAGCUUUUAAAAUGUUCCUAUUUAUUAUACGCUUUGAACUAUAUGCAAGUAGCUAGAUUAGAAAUACAUCAUCCAAAUUUUAACUAUAACAAAGCAUUUUAUAUAAAUCCAUGUAAUUAUAAUAUUAUUCAAUGUAUGAUUUGUACGCUUCAUGGUUUAAAAUUGGUUGAAAUAGGUUCUUUGUGGUUAUUAAACAUGUAUAUAGGCAUUGUUUGUUCCCUAUUUAACAAAUUACCAAAAUCAAUUGAGCAUCUAAAUACAUACCUUAAAGACACUCAUGAUAUUGUAAUAGACGCAUUAAAAUCUGAGAUUUCAUCCAUGAAAUGUAAUAAAGAAGAAAAUAAAUUUUAUGUGGACGAAAAGAAUUUAAAACAAUUGGAUAAUUGCUCAAGGAAAGAUAUAUCUAAUUACAUGCUUGAAAAAUCGAAAAUCAUGAGCAAUUUCAUUUUGAAUAAUACUGAAUUAUCUGAAAAAGACUUAAAGAAGUUCACAAAAAGAAAUAUUUUAAUUAAAGAUAUUAUACAUAAACGUACCAAAAGUAGUCGCUUUUUGUAUAAAUACAAUGUGCAAGUUAAUUGGGGACGUAUCGAAAGAAGUACUUUGCUGCAAUUGCAUGAAAAUUACGAAAAUGCACAUAGGAUUGAUUGGGGAAAAAACAAAUUAAAUAGUAUUCAGAUAUACUACGAAUCAGUUUUUAGCUUCUUAAAAGUCAUUAUGUUAAGAUUAACAUGGAAACAUUUCUUAUACGUUAAUAAACAACAAAAUAAAUCUAUUAAGGAAUGUUUGGUCGAUAAAUGGAUAGCAAUACUAAUUGAGUUUGGGAUGUAUUUACAUUUAAAAGAAGAUGAUUUUAUUUAUAAGGUAAAAAACACAAUUGAAACACAGAGAGAUGUUGAUGAUUACCUCCUCAAAUCAUAUUUAAACACUUUAUGUUUGGAUUUAGGGUGCAAUGCAUUAAAAGAAAUGAAAUUAGACGGCAAAGAAUAUUCCUUUAAAAAUUCCAAACAAAUACAAACAGUUCACAACGAAACAGAGUUGGAAACUGUUAACUAUUAUAGUUUAGGCGCUGCUGAACAUUUUAUUAUUGAUAUAAAAAAGUUAUUUGAAGAUCAAGACUUUAAUGUUAUUAAGUCAUUAAUUGAUUUUGCGGAUAAAAAUAAAUUAUUUGAUAAAAUUGAGAAAAAAAUUAAAUAUGUGUUUUCAUUAUCUGACAUAUAAUUGUUUAAUUGUUAUUGAACUGCAUGUUUAAAUUAUUAAAUCAUUAUAAAUUUUUUAUAGUUUUUAUUAAAUAAAACUAGUCCAUAUAAUUUAGUCCAAUAUUACCGUACUUUUGUUCAUAGUAACAUAUAAUGUUAUAUAAU